AUGCGUGAUCAUCUAUUCAUCUUUGGUAUAAUGAGAAGUUAUACACUUUGGACUUGGCAUGGAGAAGUAUUAGACAAGCCUACAACGUCACGAGGAACAGAUUAUGUAGAUGACUGGAUGAAUGAUCAUUUAGAAGAUAUGGUACGUGAUGUUGGGGAGGAGAAUUUUGGAAAAGUUCAUUUAUAUGAUUCUCUUAAGUCCGAUUCAGAGGAACAAUUGUACCCAGGAUGCACUAACUUUACGCGACUGUCAGCAACUUUGAAAUUAUUCAGUUUAAAAGCAAGGCAUGGAUGGACGGAUACAAGUUUCACAGAAUUGUUGGAGUUGUUAAAGGAGAUGCUUCCAGAAAAUAACACGUUACCUAUCCGUAAUUACGAAGCGAAGAAAGUUUUAUGUCCAAUGGGUUUGGAAUAUCAAAAGAUACAUGCAUGCCCAAAUGAUUGUGUUUUAUACAGAGACGAGUUUGCUUCACUGAAGGCGUGUCCAACAUGUGGUUUAUCGCGGUUUAAAAAGAAAAUUGAUGGAAAUAGUGGCGAUGAAGACAAAGAUGGUCCACCUGCUAAGGUGAUGUGGUACCUUCCUAUAAUUCCUAGAUUCAAACGACUAUUUUCCAUUAAAGAAGAUGCAAAAAACCUGAAAUGGCACGUUGAUGGAAGAAAGUGUGAUAAUCUUCUUCGACACCCAGCUGAUUCUCCACAAUGGAAGAAGAUUGAUGAAACAUUUCCAGAAUUUGGUGCUGAGCCAAGAAACUUAAGACUUGGACUUGCUACAGAUGGUAUGAAUCCUUAUGGGAACUUAAGUAGCAAACAUAGUUCGUGGCCAGUUUUGCUGAUGAUUUACAAUUUAUCUCCUUUGUUGUGCAUGAAGAGGAAAUAUAUGAUGUUGUCUAUGAUGAUAUCGGGUCCUAGACAACCUGGAAAUGACAUUGAUGUGUACCUAAAGCCGUUGAUCGAUGAUUUGAAACUAUUAUGGGAAGAAGGUGUCGAUGUGUAUGAUUCAUAUUCUGAAGAAUUGUUUUGUUUGCGUGCAAUGUUGUUUUGCACCAUAAAUGAUUUUCCAGCAUAUGGAAACUUGAGCGGUUACAGUGUUAAAGGUCAUUUUGCAUGUCCCAUUUGUGAAAAAAACACGAGUUAUAUUCAAUUGAAGCACGGUCAGAAAACUGUGUAUACAAGACAUCGAAAGUUUCUUCCUCGAAAUCAUCCUUAUCGUAGAAUGAAAAAAGCAUUUAAUGGAAGUCCUGAGGAUGAAGUUGUAGCGAGACCCCGCAAUGGUGAAGAAAUAUACAACCAAGUGGAAAACAUUGACAUUGUGUUUGGGAAACAUCCAAAGAAAAAGACCACGGAAAAAAGCAUUUGGAAGAAACGAUCAAUCUUCUUUAAUCUUCCAUAUUGGUGUAAACUUGAUGUACGACAUUGUAUAGACGUGAUGCACGUUGAAAAAAAUGUAUGUGAUAGCGUCAUCGGGACUUUACUAAAUGUAAAAGGAAAGACUAAAGAUGGAGUUAAAGCACGACAAGAUUUGGCUGAAAUGGGCAUCCGUGAGUUACAUGCACAAUCAAUUGGAAGACGAACCUACCUGCCUCCAGCUUGUCACACUCUUUCUAGAAAAGAGAAGCAAAUUUUUUGUGAGUGUUUAAGAAGUGUGAAGGUUCCCCAAGGUUACUCUUCAAAUAUUAGUAGCCUUGUUUCUAUGCAAGAUUUAAAGUUAGUCGGUUUAAAGUCUCACGAUUGUCAUGUGUUGAUGCAACAACUUUUACCAGUAGCUUUUCGAGCCAUCUUACCUACUUCUGUCAGAGGUAUUCUAACACGUUUGUGUAUGUUCUUCAAUGCCAUAUGCAAGAAAGUUAUUGACCCUCGAGUGUUAGACGAUUUGGAAAAUGAGGCCAUUAGACUAUUGUGUCAAUUGGAAAUGUAUUUUCCACCUUCAUUUUUCGAUAUCAUGGUUCAUUUGAUAGUUCAUCUUGUGAGGGAAAUUCGAUUAUGUGGGCCAGUUUUCUUGAGAUGGAUGUACCCAGUGGAAAGAUACAUGAAGAUCUUAAAGGGAUAUGUCAAGAAUCAGUAUCGACCAGAAGCUUCUAUUAUAGAGCGGUACAUUGCAGAAGAAGCCAUUGAAUUCUGCUCAAGUUAUAUGCCAAGUUGUGAACCAAUUGGAGUUCCUAAGACUAGACAUGAAGGUAAAUGUGAAGGUAAGGGUGUGCGUGGAGUGAAGAUUCAAAGUGUUAGUAGAAAAUUAGUUGAUCAAGCCCAUUUGUACAUCUUAAACAACACUGUAGAGGUCAUUCCUUACAUAACGCAACACAUUGAUGAAACGAAAUCAGCACAUCCACGAAUGAGUGAAAAAUGGGCACUUAAUGAACAUAACAAAACAUUCUUAUCAUGGUUUAAGAAAAAGGUUUACGCGACUCCAAAUGUUUCUGAAACUCUAUUGAGGCUAGCUCGUGGACCGAACAAUGAUGUCAUUACAUAUGGCGGGUACUACAUAAACAAUCAUUGUUUUUAUUCAAAGAUGGAAGAUGACAAAAGUAGAGUUCAAAAUAGUGGGGUUACACUUCAAGCUGAAUCUGUACAUUUUGCCAGUUCUAAGGACAAGAAUCCAGUACACAUCCAUGAGUUACUUUGGAAUAAUACACGAAAUAUGGGAAGUUGA